AUGUCAACAGCCUCAGCUUCUACAUCUACUGCAGACACCACACUGGCCGAAACAUUGGAAGGAAUCUCAGUAAAAGAUCCAGACUAUUUCACAACUAAUCACGACUGGUCUUUGUUGGGUUUUUUACUCUAUCGCCAACAAUGCAGUGAUUUUCUGCCCAAUAAAGGCAAAGAGCAUCAUCGAUAUUCCUGA